AUGGAACCGUACAAGAUGAUGUGUCGUGAUAACUCUACCCAGAUCACCCAGCCACCAGCUAUUCAAGUUCAAUGUAUCGAUCCUCCCAAGCCAGUUAUCAUUGGUAUCUAUGGCCUCCCAGGGUCUGGCAAGACCUUUUGGUUAGGUCAGCUCAAGACAGUUCUCAACAACGAGGGAUUUGCGUUCUAUGAUGGUAGCGAUGUUAUUGCAGCGGUGACUCCUGGAGGUCUCGAAGGAUUCCACAACCUGACAAAUGAGGCCAAAAUCGAGUACCGGGAGCGUGCUAUAGCCAAGAUCAAGCAGGAGUGCUGUAGCACAAGGAAAACUGCCAUCGUGGCUGGGCACUUCAUGUUCUGGGCUGAGGGAGAUGACGAUGGCCACUCGAUUUGUACACCAGCAGAUUUGGCUUCAUAUACCCACAUUGUGUAUCUGGAUGUCCCCGUUGAGAAGAUUGCGGGGCGUCAUGAAAUCCUUUUUGCACCAAUAUUACCAUUUGUCGAAUCUCUCCACCUCCUUAUUCAUGAUUUUCAUCGCCACACGGAGGCAUACAACACGCAUCUCGCCAAAACGAAGAUGGAUGAGAUACUCGGUGCCCAUUCCGCCUUGGAAACUAUAAUCGUGAUGGAUGCAGACAAAACCUUGGCCCAAGAAGAUAGCGGAGUGCUGUUCUGGGGGAAGGCCGGUGUUACCUUAGCCGAGGGAGAAGGUAGCGACCCUUUGAAGGGUUUGUUCAGCGGUCCUCUGGGAUAUUCCUAUACUGCCUUUCGGCAGUCUACACUGCUGUAUGAAGAGGCUAUUGCCGAGGAGGACUUCGAAGUCUACUGCCAGCAUCUAUCGUCAAUGAUACAUAUGCACCGUGAUAUCGUGGAUCUGUUACACUUGGUUCGCGACACGACACAUGUCCGGGCAACCGUGGUUACCUGUGGGAUCCGAUCUGUUUGGGAGAAGGUCCUGAAGAGAGAAGGGCUUUCGGACACAGUCGAAGUAAUUGGAGGUGGCCGACUCAGUGACGGUCUUGUUGUCACGCCCUCUCUGAAAGCUGACCUGGUGACUCAUUUGUGUGCCGUUCAGGGCAUGUAUGUUGUUGCGUUUGGAGAUAGCCCUUUGGAUUUGGCAAUGCUUCAAGCCGCAGACCAGGGUAUCGUUAUUACCGGGGAAGACCUGACCCGAAGUAAGAGUAUGGAGAAGAAGCUGGCAGAGGUCAUUGGGAAAGAUGGCUUCCGGCCAUGCCAGAUACUACUACCCCAACACGCAAUACCACGCCUUGAUACACCACUGUUACCCCUAGCACGGCUAACAGAUAAAUGUUUCAUCGACUCGGUCCUCGCCAUACGCAAAAACAAAAUUCCUCAUGUCCUUCAUGCAACUGACCGGCCUGGAGUCAGAUGCCUCAUGACACAAAUGCGAGAUGCAUCCAUAUCUGGACCUGCGCUACGGGAUGUUCACCGUCGAGUCGGAUGGUAUUUGGGAAUGGAAUUUUGCACCCAAAUCAUUGGAAUCGAAUCUUAUCCUAUUCCGCAUGUCGAAGGCCAUCAAGCGGACGGCCAUCGACUCCUGAACGAGAAAACAACACUGAUUGUGCCGCUAAUGCGCGGCGGCGAGCCAAUGGCCUUUGGUGUCAGCGAUGCCUUCCCCCUUGCCGUGUUCCGACAUGCGAAGAUUCCAAGCGACAUUCAGGAUGAUGAUCUGAAGAACAUGGCGACAAUCAUACUAGUCGACUCAGUGGUAAAUACCGGGAAGUCAGUAUUGGAGUUCAUUGACCAUAUCCGCAGCCUACACACGACGAUCCCCAUUGUGGUUGUCGCGGGAGUGAUUCACUCUCAAACUGUUUCUACAAGCAGGAUUGCUCGGGCACUCGGUCGAUUUAGUGGACUGUCUUUCGUUACCCUCCGUCUUUCUGACAACCAAUUUACUGGCAGAGGGACUACUGAUACCGGUAAUAGGUUGUUCAACACAGUGCAUAUCGUUUGA